CAGGCCUCUCCUACUAAAGUAGCCAUACAUCCUGUUUCCCUCCUUCAUGCCCAAGUCUCGGUCAUACCGCGCUCAUGGCCGAUCCUCUCUCAGUGGCUGGCUCUAUAGCUGGAUUGCUUUCUAUCGCAGAUAUCGUUUUUCGGAAGCUCUACCAAUAUGUCAAGACUGCAAAGAAGGCGGAAAUAGAAGUACAAAAGUUGAAGAACGAGGUUGCAACUCUCACUGGAGUACUGCACAACUUACACCUUGUUGUGGAGGAGUUGGAAGACGACAGCACAAUCGACAACGCUAUCAAGGUCGAUCAUGUCGCCUCUUGUUCUGCCACAUUGAAGCGAAUCGACAGUGUUCUAUCCAGCAUUCAAUUCCCCAAAGACCAGAAAAUCCAGAACGCCAUCCAAAGACUCAAAUGGCCAUUUAAAGCAACAGAGACCAAAGAGAUUGGUGACGAAGUGCGUCGGCACCGCGAAACGCUCAGCCUCGCACUCUCUGCAGAUUCCAUGACUGCGCUCCUGCAAUGUCUCUCUACACAGAAGAGCAUUAUCAAGCAGCUAGACAAUAUUCAGGAGACCCUACAGCGCAAUAAAGACUUUCAACUGGGCAUUGCUCUAAACGAGGAUCGCAGGCGAAUUCUAAAGUCGUUUUUCACGGUGGAACCUCGACAGUACUUUGAGACAUCUCUGAGCCUCCGCCAUUCUGGAACGGGAUCCUGGCUCUAUGAAGAUACCACAUUUCAAGGUUGGCUCCAGGACCCUGGCAGCAGAGUAUGGUUGACAGGUAUACCUGGGGCUGGGAAGACUGUCCUAUCUGCUACGAUCAUCCAAGGAUGCCUCACAAGGUCGUCGGCAACCCAAGCUAUCGCUGUUGCCUACUACUAUUGCGACUACAAAAGUACAGAUUCUCAAAACGUCGUGAACAUUUUCAGUGCUCUUGCAGGACAGAUCGCCAUGAAGAACGAGGUUAGCUUCGUACUGCUUAAAGAUUACUACGACCAGUUGCAUGCUCGAGACCAAAUGGAACAACAGCCCAAGACUGAGGAACUCAUCAAAAUCAUUCAAGAUAUGGCUUCCACUUUUGACGAUGUCCGGAUAGUUGUGGAUGGGUUGGACGAGUGUGGAGAGGCCAUGGCAGCUGUCGCCGAGUCGCUUCAUAACCUAGUAUGCGCUCCCCGCGCUACAAUCUCACUAGCUAUUCUGAGCAGAAGAGAACAAGCUAUCCGCGAUGUAUUCGAGGAAGACGACACAUAUACCCAUAUUGAGAUUGCAGCACAUAAAGAAGACAUUGAAAGUUAUGUUCAAUCAGAAAUCGACGAGCGCACACGCAAUAGGCGUCUCCGCAUCCGAAGCCCCGAGUUAAAGCUUUUGAUUGCGCAGGAGCUGGUAUCAAAAGCUGAUGGAAUGUUUCGAUGGGUAGCUUGCCAGCUCGAUCACCUAUGCGACCUAGCCACAGACUCACAACGGCGGAAAGCAUUGAAAGAACUGCCGAAGACCUUGGAAGAAACAUACGAUCGUAUCCUUUUGCGGGUAAAGAGACCCGUCGCUCCUUUAGUCUCCAGUACCCUGCAAUGGCUUGCGCAUGCGACAACGAAGUUGGAAGUCGAUGCUUUGCUUGAAGCACUCUCAAUCGACGACGACACGGACGUCCUUAACCCUGAAGAUCGACCAACCGAAGAAGACCUGCUGAUGCACUGCAGCAGUCUGAUCCGCAAGACUGGUGCAUAUCUUGAACUCGCACACUUCACAGUGCAAGAGUACUUGGGAGCGCUUCCUACCGACCACAGCAAGCUUAGUCAAUUUCGCUUAGUUCAUGGUUCCAAGGCACUGCUUGCAAAGACUUGCUUGUCGUAUCUCUGCUUGCCAGACUUCAAUAUACCUCCGAAACCCAUCCUCGGCGAUAUCGUGUCUUUCACAGACAAGUUUCCAUUUCAUACACAUGCGUCAAAUGCUUGGUCUAGAUAUAUGGACAACUCGUGGAGUGAUAUCGGGCUGCGUCCACUAUAUCGUAGGCUUUUCGAUCCCGAGAAGACGCCUAAUUUCGUUCUCUGCACUGUCCAGCGUUUGUUAGGCGAAGGAGUGGUCAGAGGUCAAGGUACUUUGAUCCAGGCUGCGGUAGAUUCAUACAUCAUCCAAGACGUUUUCAACAAGGAUUUCCGUCCAUUACAUGCCGCUGCUAUGUUUGGCUUGAAAGAGGUCUGUCAAUGGUUGGUGAAUCAAGGUUGUGACUUAGAUAUGCCUUCUUCCUGGGGGCCGCCCCUCACACUGUGUAUAGAUACCAUGCUCAAGUACAGUAAUACGUAUCUUGGCUAUAUCUCAGUCGAUGACUCGGCGAUUGCAGCGACGGCGGCUUUUCUUAUGGAAUCCGGUGCGUACUGUGAGAACGAGAGAGAUCGCAUUCAACAUUUUAUUGGAACUCCUGGAGACAAGUUCGACAUCUUAAGGUCUGUCAAAUCGUUCGCAGAGCGCGCAGCGAGACCACUCUCACACGCGUAUAAAUCGAUGUCUGACAGCAAUUUCAACGCGAGGCUCAAGUAUUACAUCUCCGACGACCAGGUCGAGCGUAUCAGGGACUUUUCCAAGGAUCCAAGGUUUUUCCUGGAGAGUAAAUCACUUCUGACAUGUGCUGCAGAAUAUGGAGCAGUCCGAACGAUGGCCUUGCUACUAGAUCUCGGCGUUGAUCCAACGUCUCGAGAUGAAUAUGGCAGGAACGUACUGUUUAAAUGUAUGAAAGUUGAUAACGAGGAAAUUCUAUCCCGACUUAUGACUUUUCCGGGUAUAGAACAUCCCGAUAAAGGUGGAGCGACAAUAUGGCAUUAUGCUGCCAGACUUGGCGCAUUUCGGAUGCUCAAGUUGUGGGUAGAAUUUCACAGCGAAACAGCACCUAGACUUAUUGAUGUAUACGAAGGAAAAACGCCAAUGAUGUGGGCCAUAGCCUCUGGAAGCGAACAAUGCUGUCUGCUACUUGCUCAGACCAUGCAGGCCCAUCGGCUGGCGUUCGAUGAUCCGGCAAUUGUACAUGGUUGCGUAGCCAUGGGCCUAUCCCAGGUUUUGAUACAACUACUCGAUUAUGGAGUUGAU